GGAUUUUUGAAAAUUGAAAAUUGAUGUCAAUUAAAAAUUGAAAGCUUUCCCGUUGCGACUAAUUUAGUUUUAGUUUAUGAAUGUAACUUUGAGAAUAAUUGUGAUUUUAAUAAUUGUGACCCUUCCCAAUUUCUAGGUAAUCUUGUUAAUUAAAGCACAUGGUUGGAGUAGUAUUAGCCUAUUAGGCGUGUAAUUCGGACCAAUCUAAUAGUAAUUAGCCAUUUCUUGUUUUGGAAGUGAAAAACUAGUUCCGUUUCAUUCAAACAAGAAAUUGGAAAUUUCAGAAAUUGGUUUGAAAGAAUUUGUUCCAAAAUCAGAAAAUUUUCGAAUAGAAGAAAUCAGCAAUCUAACUGUAAUAUUGGGUAAAAAUCGAAAUUUUUGGAUUUUUUUGAGAUUGAAAAUCGGAUUGGAAAUCGAAAUCUCAUAUUUACUCCAAUUUGGAUCCAAGAAAUUUCGAAAAAUCGGAACUCGGAAUUUCAGAAUUCGGAUUGAAAAAUAUUAUUCUAAAAUCAGAAAAUGUUAGAUCAACAUCAGCAAAAACAUAAAAAAUUCUUUGCUAUUGGAUUCAUUGCAGCCCAUGAUAAGCCCUUUCUCGAAUUAAUGUGAGAGAGCCCAGAAGAAGGAAGGAAGGAAAAAAAAAAAAACAGAAAAAAGGAAAAAACUUCGUUUACUCGUUGAGUUCUUGAAAUUACAGUUGAAACUAUGAUUCUUUGAUACCAAAUGGGAAGAAGACGAUGAGACAUGGAAUAUUAAGCAAAAUCAGAUUUCUAGACCAACCCAAUACGAAUUUCCCGCUUAUAGAGGUUAGCUCUGUAACUGAGUUUUCUGUGGCAUCAGCUCUUCAGAAUUACAUAAACUCAGAUCAUCCCUCACACGGCCGAAAGAUCCAUCCCCUCAUACUCAAAGCUGGUAUCGAACCCAAUGUCAAUAUCUCCAUCAAACUCCUCAUCAUGUACGUCAAGUCCUCCUGUUUAUCAGACGCGCGCCAGGUGUUUGAUGAAUUGCCUCGCCGAACUUUAUCGGCCUACAAUUACAUGAUAUCGGGCUAUACUAAACACGGGUUUGUCGAUAAAUCUUUUGAUUUGGUUCGAGAACUGUGCCUCUCGAAUGAAAAGCCCGACGGAUACACAUUUUCGAUGAUUUUGAAGGGUUCGACUAGCGGAAAUGCAGGGUCACGUUUACCUUUUACGGGGCGUGAGGUUCAUGCCCAGAUAUUGAAAUCCAAUGUUGAAGGUGAUGAUGUGCUUUACACCGCAUUGGUUGCCUCGUAUGUGAAGAGUGGGAGGGUUGAGUACGCAAGAAGAGUGUUCGAUUUAAUGUUGGACCAGAACGUGAUUUGUUCGACAUCGAUGAUCACAGGGUACAUGAACCAAGGCCGUUUGGAAGAUGCCGAGGAUGUAUUUCACAAGACUGUGGAGAAGGAUGUGGUGGUUUACAACGCCAUGAUCGAAGGAUACAGUGAAUCAGUCGAGACGGCUAAGAAGGCGAUACAUAUAUUCAUCGAUAUGCAGAGCCUAAAUUUCAGGCCUACGAUAUCUACUUUUGCAAGUAUUAUCGGUGCUUGUUCUCUUUUGUCAGCAUUCGAAAUCGGCCAGCAGAUCCAAGGGCAGUUAAUGAAAACCGAGCUUUUCACAGACAUAAAGAUUGGCAGUGCUCUGAUAGACAUGUACUCCAAAUGUGGGAGAACCGAUGAUGCAAGAUCCAUUUUUGAUUCCAUGCCGAGAAAGAACGUCUAUUCGUGGACUUCAAUGAUUGAUGGAUACGGGAAAAACGGGUGUCCAAACGAAUCGCUCGAACUCUUCGAUAGAAUGAUAAGCGAACGUCACACUAAACCAAAUUACGUUACUUUUCUCGGUGCACUCUCUGCAUGUGCCCAUGCAGGAUUAGUUGCCAAAGGGAGGAAGAUAUUCGAGUGCAUGGAUCGGGUUUACUCGAUGAAGCCAAGAAUGGAGCACUACGCAUGCAUGGUAGAUCUAUUAGGGCGUGCGGGGAGUUUGAACCAGGCGCUUCAAUUCGUGAUGCAAAUGUCCGAAAGGCCUAAUUCCGACGUUUGGGCGGCUUUGCUGAGUUCUUGCAGACUCCAUGGCGAUGUGGAGCUCGCGAAAAUAGCAGCGAACGAGCUUUUCAAAGUGAGUGGAGAGAGUAGGCCUGGAGCGUAUGUUGCUUUGUCGAACGCGUUAGCUGAUGCUGGGAAAUGGGAUAGUGUGAGCCAAUUGAGGGAGUUGAUGAAAGCGAGAGGAAUAUCGAAAGGAACGGGGUUCACUUGGAUUGGAACCGAUGCUGGUUUAGAAGCUUUUCAUGCUGGCCAGUCACUGUGAUUUAUCAUGGCAGUAUUAUUUGUCAGGUUUUUUUAAAAGAAACCGCCUCUGGUGCAAAAACCCAUCAUCGACGAAGUAUCAGUUAAUCAACUUGAA